GAUAAUUCUAGAAAUCCAGUAUUCUUACACAUAAUGCGCUCUCCACGCUAUACAAGAAAAUACUAGAAAGCGUGCCGCUAGUAUAAAUAUCGCGUUGGGUUGCCAGAGCGGCAGAUUAGAAACAGAAAGUGCUGUCUGCGAUAUUUUCAUUUUGAUCUUUGUGCUCACUUUUGCGGUUCUGUGAGAUUUGAAAAUUUGGUGGCGUUUAUUACGAGGUAUCGUUGCUGAGAACUGUAAAUAUUGUUACUUGCGGAUCUUUCGUGGGAAUAUCGUCGUUUGUUCAGUUAAGAGUGACUGUGAACCUUAAGCAAUGGCUUUGAGUGCCCUUGUUCCAGCUCUUCUUGGACGAGACUGGUGGGAUACAUGGGAUUAUCCUAACCGAAUCAUGGAUCAGUUUUUCGCCAAUCCAUUGCUGGAGGAAGAUCUGCUUCCACCGUCAAUUUUCAGAGGAUUUUUACUUCGCCCUCGAACACAGGCUAAUAUUGCAGCUUCUGGACAAUCCGAAGUGAAGAACGACGAAAAGCAGUUUCAAGUCGCAUUGAACGUCAGUCAGUUCAAACCAGAAGAAAUUGAAGUAAAAAUCGUAGACAACUAUGUGGUGAUUCAUGGCAAGCACGAAGAAAAGAGUGAUGAACAUGGAUUCGUUUCUAGAGAAUUUACUCGUCGGUACAUGCUACCGCACAACUGCGAGUCAGAGACUGUUACAUCUUCCCUUAGUCCAGAUGGAGUGUUGACUAUUAAUGCACCCAAGAAAGCUAUUGAACCUCCACCGACACAAGAAAGGAAGAUCCCAAUUGCAAAAGAAAAAUAGGACUGUGCGCCUCUUUUUUGUAAUUGCAGAAAAAUUCUUCAUUAGUUCGUGACUCUUCAUACUGUGUGACAUGGCAUACAGGUUAUUUCUCUGAUGUUUGGAAGAAUUUGAUUGUAACAUUAAUGAAUUUCACCCUUUCAUGUUCAAAACUUUGUGCCUGGAGGACAUUUAUGCGAGUAGUUCUUGCUAUGUUAAUUUACUAUUUUGUAAACAGUGUUUAAUUGCAAAAUUUAAGGAAUUCUAUAGUGUUGUUCCAUAGUUUUGGAUAAAUGUUAUGAGGUAAGAAAUGUUAUUUUCAAUAAAAAUGUUUAGUAUGUAA